AUGCUGAAGUUACCCGCGUAUGUUGAUGUGUUGGAGAGGGCUGUCAUAGCGGAAGGAAAUAUUGCUGCUCAGAACCGAAUUUCCGAAUGGAAAGGGAAGAAGCAAAAUACUCAAUGGUCAAAGGGGACAACUACUCCGCCAAAUAAGAAACAAAAUUCAGGGACUUCAAAUACUUCUAUCCCUAGUCAAGAUUCAAUUCCUGUUUGUUUGGAAUGUGGAAAGAAGCAUCGUGGAACGUGCCAUCGGAAGUCUGGAGCUUGUUUCCAGUGUGGUAAAACGGGCCAUUUGAUAAAAGAUUGCCCUCAGAGAAAGCAACAAAAUGGCAAUAGGGCUACUACUAGUUCAGCGGGGUCUACACCACCUACCAACACCAAGUCAGCUGCCAAACCUACUAACAAUAAAGACGCUGCAAGACAGGGCAGGGUGUUUGCUUUGGUUUCGGGAGUUGUGCAAAAUGCGACAACGGUGGUGUCAGAUAAAUCUGAGGAAGUACUAUCUUAUAUGCUAUGUGUGUCCUCACCUUUGGGGGAUUCUAUGAUUUGUACUUCUGUAUACUUAGCUUGUGAACUCCAACUUGGGGAUAGUCGGGUGUAUGCCAAUCUGUUACCUCUCGACAUGACCUAUUUUGAUGUUAUUCUGGGAAUGGACUGGUUGAGUGAAUAUGGUGCGACUAUAGACUGUUUGACUAUGCAAAUCAAUUUCCACCCUUCGGGACAGUCAAGGUCUGUUUUACAGGGACAGGAAGUGACUUCCCCACCUUAUUUGAUCUCUGCAGCAAAGGCUUGUAGAUUAAUUCAGAAAGGGUGUUAG